AAAAUCCAAACCUGUUUAUUUCUUCUGAGGCCGCCUUCUCGCAAAUACCUUCAUUCUAGGGCAGCAGCACUAGCAGCACUCCGCUCGUAGCCGCCGGAGGGUAAUUUUGAUACAGGGUUUUCAGCGAUGGCACCUAAAGCUGACAACACCAAGAAGGCUGAUCCUAAAGCACAAGCCCUGAAGACAGCCAAGGCGGUCAAGUCCGGGCCAACUUUCAAAAAGGCUAAGAAGAUCAGAACAUCGGUCACAUUCCAUCGCCCAAGGACAUUGAAGAAGGAUAGGAAUCCCAAGUAUCCUCGGAUCAGUGCGACUCCUAGAAAUAAGUUAGACCAAUACCAAAUUCUUAAAUAUCCAUUGACCACUGAGUCUGCAAUGAAGAAGAUUGAGGAUAAUAACACCCUUGUUUUUAUUGUCGAUAUUCGUGCCGACAAGAAAAAAAUUAAAGAUGCUGUGAAGAAGAUGUAUGACAUUCAGACCAAGAAAGUGAACACUUUAAUCAGGCCUGAUGGAACAAAGAAGGCAUAUGUUAGGUUAACCCCAGACUAUGAUGCUCUAGACGUGGCAAACAAGAUUGGAAUUGUCUAAUCUUCCUAGGGGAGUUUUUUUUCUCAGAUUAGUUGUGACAAUUUUGUUUAGAUAUUUGAGUGCAUCUUGUGGGGACUCUUUUAGCUGUUUUUUUAUAUAAUAUAUUGGUAAUAAUUAGCCACUCUGGUUGACUGAGUUCAAAAUACUUGUGGAAUACGUUCGAAUCUUUUGUAUUAGUUGUCUUCGAAUACCUUUGUCACA